UCUUUGAAUAUGAGGAAUCCUGCACUGUCACUCCUUAUUAUCACAGAUGUACUUUUGGCUUCAACCAUUGCAAAACUACAUUACAUUGUCAAUCAGCAGCUGAACUCAUGGCCAGAUGCUCAGAAGAUAUGCAGAGCAAAUUACACAGAGUUGGUCAGUAUUCAGAGUAAGGAAGACAUGACCGCCAUCUUGGAAAAGGUAGGAAACAUCCCUUCCUUUUUCUGGAUAGGACUGCACUGGAAUGCAACAGCAGGGCAGUGGCACUGGUCUAACACAGACCAUUUCAUGUACUUUGGUUGGGAUGACGGAGAAGCGCACUUUAAAAAUGGUGGGGAAGGCUGUGCUUAUAUUACAGCUUCAGGCAUAUGGUAUAAUCACAACUGUUAUGACUUCAAGGCUUUUUUCUGUUCAAAAGAAGAUCAGAUGUAUUUUGUGACAGAACCCCAAAUGUGGUAUGCCGCUCAAAGCUGGUGUUUGGCUCAAGGAGCUAACCUUGUAACCAUAGUAAAUGAAAUACAAAACAGCCAUGUUACAAGUGUGCUUGCAAAUUAUGACUAUACUGAGGCGUGGAUUGGACUAUAUCUGAAUGAUACGACACAUCAAUGGCAGUGGAUAGAUGGCACAUUCUUUUUCCAGAACUGGGAUUGUAGUUUUCCUAAAAGUGUAAACAUCAGCAGAUGCACCAUCUUGCAGAACGAUGGAACUAAGCAUGGCUUAUGGUACAACGUCCACUGCAGUAAUACUAGGCUACCCUCAAUUUGUUAUCAAGAAAUCCCUGUAUUGAACCUUAUCACUGAAAACAGGACAUGGCUUGAGGCAUUGCUCUUCUGCAGAGCUAACUACAAAGACCUGGUUAGCAUCACCGAUCCAGACGUACAAGACAUAGUUGCAAGAUAUGCAGCAGAUGCCACCAGCUCUGGGGUGUGGAUCGGGCUACGAAAGGAGAGGAUUUUUGGGCAGUGGAUCUGGUCUAAUGGUGACCCAGUGAAUUAUACCUUCUGGAAUAACAUAUUCUCUGAAGAUAAGGAAAGUGAUCAUUGUGGUGUUGUUGGAUAUAAUUCAAAAUACAGUUGGAGUGCUGAUUGCUGCUUUGUUAAACGUAACUUCAUCUGCUACAAAGAUGUCACAGGUUAGCAGCAUCUAACCAGGGACUCACGGAUAAACAAAUAUCAUGAACUUUUUUUUCAAAGAAGAAAACAGUAUGCUGGUUACUAAAUUUGCAUAAAGAACUCGCAGAAGGGAGAACAGAUGCGGGCUUAUUCUGCCUAGGAUAUCCUGUUGCUGUGUAGAGCUUGAUUUUAGUUGGUUGUGCAGAAAUUCUCUGUCUUGUUAUAUGAUAUAAAUUGGUAUGUCUGUAUCACUGUUUUCUGUUGUUUUCUACAAUAAAUUGUGACCAUCGUCUGCAGAAAACUUUGCUGUAUAGGGCCAUAACAGAGAUCUGCAGAAUCAUUCAUUUUCUCCAUUGCUUUUCCUUUCCCAGAGUAGCACAGGACAAAACAAAUACAAAUACUCAUUCACUGAGCAUUUAUUUAUUUAUUUUUUAGGUCUCUGGAUUCUAUCUUCAGCUUACUAAUGGUAGGGUAACUACCACUCUGAGUUCAUGUGGCCAUCUGAUGUUUACUACCAUCUAUAUCUUUCUGUCUGUCUGAACAUUUUCACCACAUAUGCAACUUUUAUUUAAAAAAAAAGUUGAGAAACAAAAUGUAGAUAGAAGACAGCACACCACUGUGUAGUAAGUAUCAUGUCUGCAAAAAACAUAAUAUUCACUUUGUAGGAAAAUAUAGUCAUUUUCUCAUGAAAGGUAACACAACAAUAUGUUUUCCAGGACAAAGUAAACACACAUUAUUCAUGUUUUAAUGCUUGCUUUACAGUUAAUCUGGUUUUCUUUAUAAUUACACAAAGCCAACCUGAAAUAAAACAAACAUUAGUUCAUGUUAACCAUUUCAUAAAUGCAUGAGUCACUUUAAAGUAAGCAAAAAGGUAACACCAAAUAAUGUGUUCCUCAUAAGAUAUUGUGAUUAUGUCCGAGUUUGAAAUCUGAAACAGAGUGUUCUUGUUCACUGGAACAAUUUUGCAUAUAUCUAGCU